ACAAAUAAUAACGCUGACCUGACCAAAGCUCAUGAAGUGAAAGACGUAAUUUUGUUAUUGUUUAAUGUUUAUGUAGUUCUUGAAAGAUCACGUAUGGUAAUGUUUUGUAUCUACUGCCAUAACAUGUGGACAAACAUAUGUUAGUGUGAUUCAGUGAACCAUAAUGGAAUCCUUCUGCCAUAAAGGCUUACUGUACAUCAAGAAUAUCCCUCACUUAGAACUCGUAAGGUAUCGUAGAGUAAAUGUCCAGAGGCCUGCAAAGCCACACUAUGAGAAAGCUAAGGUUUUAGCAGUGUGUGAACCACGAUACCCAAAAUUUAAUUAUGGACUCAGCCUUGAAGUAACUUGCAGAAAACAGACGGAACUGAAAUCAAAAAAAAUCAAAGAGGAAAACCCAUAUGAGCUGAUAAUUGCAAAAGAAUGCUUGCAUUGGUUUAACAAGUCAAAAAUGGUUGCAUUUUUUCAUGCCAACCCAAUAAAAGGUGAAGACCAGUUCAAAGCGAGAGUUAUGUUCCAUAAACACAACAUGGCCAUAAAGCAGUAUGGGCCAAAUGUAAUCAAGUAUGCUUUGGAAAAUACAAAAUAUAGUGCAGUGUUGCCCCUAUUUCAGUCAAGAACAGCAGUAGUAUUCAGUCCAGAACUGCAACUGGCACAGCUUUUGAAAAUUUCAAAGCGUAUUCCUCAGCUGAUCCUUAUGACUUGCAUUGCCGAAGAUCGCCUUCUGAGUAGAAAUGAAAUUGUUAUGUACAGUAAUUUGCCAGAUUUGACAACGGCUCGAGCUGGUCUUGUUGCAACACUAAAUUCUGCUGUAAGCCAAGUCUUGAGUAACAUCACACACCACCAAAGAACACUCGUCAGCCACUUGCAGAAACAUGCAGAACUGCUCCAGAAACCAGAAGAAACCUGAGAAAGUGAUGUAGAUUACUUGGACUGUAACUGCAGCUCAUUCAUUAAGUAUUGUUGAGUUGUGAAAGAAGAGGAAUUUUGUUGAACACAGUUGUAAGAUGUAGUGUAUAUAUGAUCUAUCAAAACAAUGACACUGUGUAUUACACCUUUAAACUCUA